AAGCGCUCGUGACGGGACCACGCCCUCGCAAAGAAGCGUCGCCGUCGCGGCCCUGCCAAGCAGGGUUGCUUCUACCGCGCGAGCUCGUCGCGUCGGCGGCGGCUGCCAGCCCACCCACCCAGCAUCCUCAGCGGCUCGACGCCAACAACGACUCAGUAGCUACACCACGGGACUGCCAGUCUCCCACCGGUUCUGCGUAACAUCGCAGCACGCACGAAUAUUUUUCCGCGUUCUCGGUGUGUCUUGUGCCUCGUUUUUUUUUCUCCCUGUUUACUCGUCCAUUCACUUCUGUCAGACUACAUUAAUAACAUUACGUGCUCUAUGCAUCCUACUUUAAAAAUGUUCUGAAUAUUUUUCACAUUUUUCAUUAUUAUUAUUAGUAUAAUUUUAUUAUUAUUACAACUACUAUAAUUGUCGCAGUUAUUAUUAUUUCUAUUAUUGUUGCUGUUUAUUACAGUCGUGGUUAUUUUGAUGUCAAUCGGUGUGUGUGUGAAUGUGUGAUUAAUAAAUAAUAAAAAUAGAGUGAAAGUGGGUACAUAGUAAUUAAGUGUUGUGCUGAGUAAUAAACAAUUUAGUGGUCAGUGUGAUAAAUUGAAGAAAAAUGUCUUCUUUACGUACCCAAUCAAGUGCAGGAGCGGUGGUGGGUUUUAGUAGUGUUAGUUCAGACCGAACAGGCGCCGCAUCGACUGGUGGUGGUUCUCACUCCCACUCACACUCUCAUAGAAAGCAUCAUCAUCACCACAGAAGUAGAAGUGCACCAAGAACUCCUGAGAAACCACCCCGAAAACGUCAUCUUAACACUGGAACAAGUCUUGCCUCAAUACCAAGUCAGAUCAAAUUGUCAAUGCUCAACAGUGGUCUAAUUUCAUAUGGAAUAUUGAAGAUUUUCGUGGUAAAACUUGAGGCUGAAGCAAGAAAAAAGUAUUGCACUAUUGAUCCUUUGAAAAGCGGAACAGAAAAAGGUACCUCAUGUAGUUGAAGCGUUAGAAAAUAAGACAAGGAUGGAUAAAAUGUGAAAGUGCUAGUAUAUAUGAUGCAGGAAAGUUGAUGUUAUCA